CGGGACCGCCGCUUAGCCUGGCUUUUGGCCAGUCCCUGGCGGUGGGCGCCUCGGAGGAGAGCGCGCUCAAGGGCGCGGGUCGGGUCGUGCUCGGGGUUCGCAGCCCGGCUCUUCCUGUUCCUGCCGCACCCUCUUCCCGGGCUGCUGGGGGCGGGGACCGCGGGCUGGCUUAGGGCAGAGAUGGAGGAGCCUGACGCGGCGCGGCUGCCCUCUCGCCUGGCCAGACUGCUGUCGGCGCUCUUCUACGGGACGUGCUCCUUCCUCAUCGUGCUGGUCAACAAGGCGCUGCUGACCACCUACGGUUUCCCCUCACCAAUUGUUCUUGGAAUUGGACAGAUGGCCACCACCAUAAUGAUACUGUAUGUGUCCAAGCUAAAUAAAAUAAUCCACUUCCCUGAUUUUGACAAGAAAAUUCCUGGAAAGCUGUUUCCUCUGCCUCUCCUCUACGUUGGAAACCAUAUAAGUGGCUUAUCGAGCACAAGCAAAUUAAGCUUGCCAAUGUUCACUGUGCUCAGGAAAUUUACAAUUCCACUCACUUUGCUCCUGGAAGCCAUCAUACUUGGGAAACAAUAUUCAUUGAACAUUGUCCUGAGCGUCUUGGCCAUCGUUCUUGGGGCUUUCAUAGCAGCUGGCUCUGACCUCGCAUUCAACUUAGAAGGCUACGUUUUUGUGUUCUUGAAUGAUAUCUUCACAGCAGCAAAUGGAGUUUAUACCAAACAGAAAAUGGACCCGAAGGAGCUGGGGAAAUACGGGGUGCUUUUCUAUAAUGCCUGCUUCAUGAUCAUCCCAACUGUCAUCAUUAGUGUAUCUACUGGAGACUUUCAGCACGCCACUGAAUUCAGCCACUGGAAGAAUGUCUUCUUCAUCAUACAGUUUCUUCUUUCCUGUGUUUUGGGGUUCCUGCUGAUGUACUCCACCGUCCUCUGCAGCUAUUACACCUCAGCUCUGACCACAGCAGUGGUCGGAGCUAUCAAGAACGUAUCGGUUGCCUACAUUGGGAUGUUGGUUGGUGGAGACUACAUUUUCUCCCCUUUAAACUUUAUAGGGUUAAAUGUUUGCAUGGCAGGUGGUUUAAGAUACUCUUUUCUAACACUAAGCAGCCAGUUGAAACCUGAACAGCCUGUAGAUGAAGAAAGCAACCCUCUGGAUCUGAAGAAUUAGACCGGAAGGCAGAGAUCAGGCCUCCGCUGGAGAGAGCAGCCCCAGCAGGAGGGGGCAACGAGAGGUCCCACACUUGAGGCACUCAUCUGCUUGGUGAGAGCACAAACAGGAGUGUCUGCGAAAGACAAAGAAAGCCACCUCAGGCACCACUGCACAGGAGCCACAAGGAACCCAGGACUUCCCAGCUAGGCAGAUUUGCUCCAAGUCAGCCAUGGGCCCUUUGUGCUGAGGAAGAUGUUUCAAGGGCGGCUUUGCUUUUCAGCACCUUGGCCUUAAUUUUAAAGGCCCCAGCCAAAGCUAGUGUGAGGGAAAACUUUUGUUGUUGAAACAUGGCCUUGUCUUCAUAAAGAUCAGUCAGUUUUGAUUUAAGCUGUAUUGGUAUGUUUUUUCCAAGUCAUCAAAGUAAAGACAUUUCUAUAUAUGCCUCACAGUGUGAUCUGCAGUACAGUGAAAAAAAAAAAAAAAAGAAAGAAAAUCAGUGUCUAAGAACACUCCUGGGGCUGAGAGGGUAAAGUGCACGCUGUAAUCAGGAGGCCCCAAGUUUGGUCUCUUGCAUCCAUAUAGAAUGCCAGGCCUGGUGCAUAUCUGUAACCUCAGCUCUGGGUAGACAGAGACAGGCACAUCCUGGGACUCUCUGACCAGCCAGUCUAGCUUGAAUGGUUAGCACCAGGUAAAGCAAGAGACCCUGUCUCAAAAAUAAGGUGGACAGUGGCUGAAGAAGACGUCCACCAUCAGCCUCUGGCCCCCCCCACAUGCACAUAUCCCUGCCUGCAUAGGCACCACUCCACCCGAAGGAACAGCAGGAUGCCCUUUAGGACAAGUGUUGGAAAAAUUUGGCAAAAAAAAAAAAAAAAAAAAAAACUUGAGCACAUUCCCACAUUCUUGGACAUUUGGGUGCAUGGCCCCCAGCUGGGCGGCCUUGCUGGGGAGGUGUGUCACUGGGGUAGGCUCUGCGGUUUCAAAGCCUCUGGCCGCUCAGGCUUGCUCUCCGAGCUUGUUAGAGGUUUGGUGGGCUCUCAGCUCACGUGCCUGCCACCAUGUCUGCUGCCUGCUACCACGAUUCCUGCCACCAGGACCUCUAGAACUGUAGGCCCAAAUAAACUCUCUUCUGUAA